CGGAACAUUAGUGUGAACGAAACCCACAUUUCAGUAACACAGUGAGAUCGCGGAAAAUCGCGUUAACAGUUUCAAGGGCAUAACAGCCUCCAGUGAGCUGCGAAACGCUAAGGCGAAUAGCAGUGAGCGAAGCCGCCGCGGCGUGGGCAAUUGGCAGCACUCAGUCACUGCCGGCAGACCACUUCACGCGGCUUAUACAAUAAACAAUGCAUUCCAUGACGAUCGACGUCCAACACCUGUUAUAAUUUUUUACAUAUUAUUAUAUUGACGAUAAAGCUCUCGAAAGAAACUUAUCAAAAUGUGGCUCCUCAUUUUUAUGUGUGUGGAUAUCAGUGCAACAGUUUGGAUAAAUAGCGAUAGUGAUAACAGUGAUCAUUUCCGAAAAUGUUGUGACAGAAAUCAAAUUCUUAAAAAAAUUACGGAGCAAAAUUUAACAAUGCUCGAAUAUUAUGAGUGUGUGGAACUGGCCUACGCAAAAGAAAAAUAUAACGUCUCUAUUUCUCCGCUUUUCAUGAAUAAUGGUGUCGAGGUGCAGUAUGGUAUGCCUAGUGAUUGCGAAAGUUUUGCAGCUAGGACAAUAAGUAAUCCUGAAACGGAGCUUUAUUCCUCAGAGAAUACAUGUUAUGAUAGACUCGUUAUUGAGAUAGUAAAUGGUAGUUUUGUAGAAAACAUUCCUAAGACAAUAGAAUUAAGUUGUAAUAAAAGCGAAGAUGCUAAUAUUACUCGAUCUACAUUAAAACUGAAUCAACUGAGAAAGUGCUGCCCUAUUGGACAACAGUUCGAUACAGAAUAUCACGUAUGUAGGGAGAGUUUCGAAAAUUAUGAGGACGACUCGCUUUUUAAAGAUUUAAAUAUAAGUGAAGUGAAUUAUAUUUAUGAAGUAGGAUAUGGAAUACGUUGCAAAUUCGAUGAAUAUGCUUUGGAGCUAACAGAAAACUUAUUUUCAAUGACCGUUAUGAAUAGUAGCCUAUUAGUAGUUAAUAAGAGUGACAAAGAAGAAAGAACAUUCUUGUCAGGAGAAUGGUGCGUGGAUCGACAAUAUAAUGGCAAGGGGUUGGUAGCUCAAACGUGUUCUCAAGAUUGUAAAGACUUUGGAGCCUAUUGUUUAAGAAAAUGCUGUCCACAAGGACAUCAUUUCAGAGUUCUCAGAUGUGGAAGUUUCAUAAGCGAAUGUGUUCCAGAUCAGGAUGAUAGUACCCUAUUUAAUAUUUCUACUUACACGGAUCCUCUACGAAGUAAUUAUCAUGAUUUAUUUGAUGUCAUGGGUAUCCGCAUUGGCCUGACUUGCCCUACUGGAAGGUUCGGUCUGGACACGUCUAUACCUCAAGAUCAACAUCGACUCCGGCCGGACGCACACCUGGAAUCUGGAUGGAUUCUAACAAAUACUUAUUGCCUUGAAAUGUUCGAUCGUCGGGAUUGCCCGACAAAUGACGUCACCAUCACUGCCGUUCUUUGUUUUCAACCAGCGCCUGACCAAAGUCAAAGAAAAGAUUAUCGCAUUUCCUCUGUGAUUAUUACGAUAUCGAGCGUGUGCCUGGGACUGACUCUCAUAGUGUACUGUGCUUUGCCCGAGCUGAGGAACCUCAAUGGCCGAAACCUGAUCUGCCAUGUUAGCAUGAUGCUGUUAGCGUUCUCUUGCCUCGCUCGGGUACAACACAGCGCGGUUGCGAACUUCCACCUUUGCACUUUCCUUGGGUAUGGAAUUUACUUCGGCUUUGUGGCAGCGUUUGCUUGGCUUAACGUCAUGUGCUUCGACAUCUGGUGGACAUUUGGGAGUGUCCGAACAGUGAAACCGUUGCGCAAAUCAGCGUCAGAGCGACGCCGGUUUAUCUGGUACUCUUUGUAUGCAUGGGGAAUCACAGUUCUUCUUACAUUGACCAUGUUUCUGCUGGACAGAUAUCCUGUGUCGAUCUAUCUGGACGCUAAUAUUGGGAGUGGGGCCUGUUGGUUUGGCGCUGUUCAAAAUACGGAGACGGACUGGCCUCACUAUAUCUUCUUCGUCGUACCUAUGGGCAUUGUGACAUGUACAAACUUCAUCCUCUGGAUGCUGACGGCUCGAUACUGCGCCAAAGUGAAGUCGGAAGUUCAUCGCCUACAAGCAGGAUCAGUUGGGGAACGAGCAAAGAAACGAUUCCGUAUAGACAGAGCUAAGUACAUUUUGACCGGAAAGCUGUGGGUUGUAAUGGGAGCGGGGUGGGUGUCCGAGUUGCUCUCCACGAUUGUGUCUGAUCCCCAGUGGCUUUGGAACAUCGUAGAUCUCAUAAACCAAUUGCAAGGAGUGUUUAUUUUCUUAAUACUUGUGGUUAAACCGAAGCUGUACUACGUCAUAAGAAAACGAUUAGGUUUUUCACGGACUCCGAUAAAUACAAGAUUGGAGAAACCAGACGCUCAGAAAAAUGCCACUUCAUCUUCGGGACGAACAUCAUCCACCUUCCUCUCAAGGACAAUAAGUUCCGACGAACGUGCUAACCUUAGGAUAAGUGCACCGCAGAGUAUUAAAUAGAAUAAAGUAAAUAUUAUGCUAUGGACCGAUUAAAUUUUAUGUACAAUAUGAGAUGUACGAAUGUUUAAUAAUUAAAAUUAAAAUCGCAUCAUAUUAAGCUAUUACUUAGGUAUUAUUGUUACAGUUUACUUAGUUUUUGUAAUUGCUUAUAACAACUCAUGUGUAACCAAAAACUAGUCAGUUUUGUAUCUACCACCGUUUUCAUGACGUUAUUAAAGUCCAUUCAAAUUCAGAAAUUAAAAGCUUUUAAUAUUUUCGGUAUUUAAUCCGACGUUGUGUGUUCGACACUUAUAGGUAGCGAGGUCAAAGGGACAGCUUGCCAUGAUUAAUAAUAUAUUUUAUAAAUCACGUUUAAAAUCUUUUUUUAAUAAGUUUUAAAUGUCUAAAAAUACUUGAGUAUAAUAUAACACAUUCAUUAAAUUUUUAUUAGCAUUAUGACCAUUGACCGUUAAAAUCUUGCUUCACAUUAUAUAAGAUUUUUAUGACCGACAUUUGUCAUCUAUAAAUGGAGAGGAUUUUUCGCUUAAAAAUAAAAGCCUUGUUAUUAAGACACAUAAAAAUAAAAAUAAAGUACUUGUUAGUUUCCGAUUAGAAUAAUACUUGUGGUUCUGAAAUGAAUCUCCAUCCAAAUAUAGAAUUUAUUAUAAAUAUAGCAGGUAUUUUAAUUCAUGUGCAGGAAAUUGCAAUUUAUGUUUCGUUAAUUAACGAAUAGAUCGGACUCCAUGAUGCCGAAUUCUUUAUGUUUGUAAUGUUAUUAUUUGAUCAGGCAAUGACUCAGCGAGACAAAAGUGUACAAAAAGUGCCUAAUGACUCUUUAAAUAUAGAAAAAUCCGAUUUGUUAAUCUCAAUCGGAUCAAGUAACAUAUGUAAUUAAUAACCAAUUUUACUGUGGAUAAAGCGUUGUUCCAUACAAUUUAGGUUAUGGUUCUAGUCAUUUUUAGUUAUGUAGUUCCACGUACGAUAGAUGUUUGUAAUUGAUAUAAUUUUACUGCGACAUCGUGUGUAUGAUAUCAAUAAUUUACUGUAUUUUUUGAUGGAUUAAAUAAGUUUGAUGUACUUUGAUUUGAAUAUGUUGUUAUGUGUAGUUUUUAUUUUGUCGCUCCUUAUAUUAAUGAAAUGAUUUUGUUUAAUAUAAUAUCAACUAAAUAUUAAACGUUUAUACGUACUUAUUUUAAGUCAAAUAUUUAAAAAAUGACACAUAGAGUUAAGUUACAUAAGAGAACCUAUAGUUUUAGAAGUGUUCUUUUGCUAUAAAACCCUAGAAAUAGGUUAUGAAAAGAACUUAACAAGUUGCAAAUUUAAAGAUUUGCACAAUAUUUCCAUUUUAGUAUGUACAUUUUCAGAUAAUGUUAUAAAAACAUCAAGAGUUGACGAAUUAACAAAUUUCGCAAAAAAAAAAAUGUGUAGAUAAAAUUAGCCUGUUGUAUUUACUACUUUUUUAGCGCAGCUUAAUUUGGAGCUUGUUUUUUUAUCUAUUAGGAUAUUUGACUGUGAUUGUAGAUAAAUAUUAUUUACGGUACUGUAUCUAUUCAACGCGGCAUACCUACAAAAUUUAUGAAUAGGUACGCAAAAUAGUUCUUGGUCAUUUGCACAUUUUCAGGAUAAGCUCAACAGAUAAUAAUGUACUAUUUUUUUAUUUUCCCGAAGUAUUUAAACUAUACAAAAUAUCAGGAACAAAUCACCAUUAUUGAAGAGUACCUAUUUACGGUGUAUGAAAUGUAAUUUUCUAAAUACAUUGUAAAGCGUAUCUAUAUGCUACCUAUAUAUAAAGUGUAAAACUAUGAUAUAAACAUUAAAAUAAAUUUAUUAUCAAUGGAA